AUGUUUGGGAGAUUGACUCUUCCAAAACUGCUUUUUACUAGCAUCCUUGGAAUUGCUGGAAGGGUGUAUAUUUAUCAACUAAUAUUGGAACAAUAUUACCAAGAUCAGAUGGAAUUAAAAGAAAAGUUGAAAUUCGCAUAA